AUGGUGGACUUGUCUCUUUCGAAUAAGAGAUACACUUAUGUACAGGAAAGUGAAAGUGAGCCAACUAGAGGAGCCAUUGACAUUCACCAUGUGAUCAUCAACGGAAGCAGAGCAACUGGUUACGCCUGUCGUAAGGGGCUUGGUUUCUUUCUUGUGCUUUUGGCAAGUUCUAUGUAUUUUUUGCUUGGAAAGGAUAAUCCAUUUACAACUCUUUCUUGGGGCUUCCUUUUAAGUGGCUUGUUUGUUAUGUUACAAAGUCGGAAGUUUGUCAAGAAAGAAUCUGUUGUCAUCAUGCCAACCUUCGGGAUCCAACUUGAAACUCAAUAUUUAAGUGGAAAAACUGUUUCAAGGUUUAUCCCUAUUGGCAAAAUUUUGAAGCCUGUGCUGGCCGAGUGUGUCACCCCCAUUACAUGUUACUGGAGUCUCUCCUUACUUCUGCGUGGUGAAGAACAACUUACAUUGGUGUUUAAGGAACUGCGUCCACCAUUGAAGAUGUUGGUUCCCAUUUGGAAGGCAUUGUGUGCUGUUAUCGGCACAGACCAAAGCGAAAUGAUAGCUGAAGAAGAACAUGUUGUAUCUACCUAA